UGAAAAUCCCCACAAAUUUUUUUUUAAAUCACUGAUAACCACCAAAUUCCGGUCAAAUUCUCAAUUCUCCGACUAUCUGCUAUCCCCAUCAAUCUCACUUCCUACAUUCUCCGGCGGCUUCUCUCACUAUCAUCUCCGAUCCGGGAUUGAAGAUAUGCAUGGUUGUAUUGUGUUGUUGCUUAUGUGAUUUAAUGUGACUUAUAAAGAUUUUGUGUGGAAGAGUUUUGGACUUCUGUUGAUGGGUGCUCCUAAGCAGAAGUGGACGCCAGAAGAAGAAGCGGCCCUAAAAGCUGGGGUGCUUAAACAUGGGGCAGGAAAAUGGCGCACAAUUCUCUCGGACAAAGAGUUUGGUUCUAUCUUGAAUUUACGUUCAAAUGUUGAUCUCAAGGACAAAUGGAGAAAUAUAAAUGUGACAGCAAUAUGGGGAUCUAGGCAGAAGGCUAAGCUUGCACUCAAAAGGACCACUUCAACCCCUAAAGAAGACAGUAGCCCUUCAACAGUGGCAACUGAGCUGCAAAGUAAUGAAGAUACUCCUGACGCUAAGCCUCUUGCCAGUUCGGGUGGAAAGGUGCAGACUGCUGAGCCAAAGCCACCAAUUGCGAGGUUGGAUCAUCUUAUAUAUGAAGCUAUUACAAAUUUGAAGGAACCAAGGGGUUCUGACAAAAACGCAAUCACUACGUACAUAGAGGAUCAAUAUUGGGCGCCAUCAAACCUCAGUAAGCUACUGGCCUUAAAGUUAAAGCACAUGACAGUUAAUGGGAAACUAGUUAAGGUAAAGCAUAGAUACAGAAUUCCACAAAGUUCAGCAAAUUCUGAAAAAAGAAGAAGCUCUUCAACAUUGCUGUCAGAGGGAAAGCAGAAGGACUCUACUAGAGUAGAUAAAAAGGUGCUCAGCAUUCUGAGUAAGUCACAAGUUGAUGCAGAGCUAACCAUGAUCAGGAGCAUGACUGCUCAAGAGGCUGCUGCUGCUGCUGCACAAGCAGUUGCCGAGGCAGAAGCUGCCAUUGCAGCUGCUGAAGAGGCAGCACGGGAAGCAGAGGCAGCAGAAGCUGAAGCUGAAGCAGCACAAGUUUUUGCGAAGGCAGCAGUGAAAGCUUUGAAAUGUAGAAGACUUGAUCUUGAUAUGAAACUCGCACAUGGGUAACUCAGUUAUUCAGCAAGAACCAUGCAUGAGAUCGCUUAUGCUGGUGCAGCCAUAUCUCCUAAUGUAAAUAGACUGAGCUUCUCUAUCUGGAGCAUAGAAAUUGUCUGAUUUUCUUUUCCUUUUCAGUUCUAGGUAUCAUUUUGUAAGGAGCUUAGAGAUGUCUUGAUUUUCGGAUACAACAAUGGAGUGUAUCAGUAAAACUGGUAGAAUGAAGAGAUGGGUUUCUGUUU